AACCGAGCGGGCUGAAGCUUUCGAGGACUUUCGGCCCCAAUGCUCGGGACGGUACGCGCCAUUCGUACGCGGGACUUCGUGCCAUCGGUAUCGGGAUUUGGCCAGCAGCCGUGUGUCACAGCAGACCAGCUCUGUUCACGUGCGUGUGAACGUGUAUGUGUGCAUUGCUAAGGUUCCCUAUCGUAGUCGAAACUAGUGACCUUAGCGUCAGUGCGAAGUGCGAAAAAAACGGUGGAGUUUAAGUGAGUGCCAGUGUGUCAUAGGCUGACAGGCUAAGCGUUGGCGGAAUUUGCAAGCGACUCGCGGUGCGCUGAUCCGUUUGAUCGAUACUAGCGAGCAAAGCUCGUCAUUAACAGGAUAAUCUGGCGCAAGCAGGCGGGCGUCGCAGGUAAUUUGAAUGAAUUUCCCGGUCGCCUAGUAGCGAUUCGGCUGAGAGUUUCGGUCGUGUGCAUGUGUGCGUCAGUGACCGUUGCGGGGAUGCGUUGCGUAGCGCACUAAUUUAAUUAGUGAGUUUGUUCGGGUGGCCGUGCUUCAAGUCUGUUGACGGUGGAAGAAAAUUUGGAAGCGAUAAAGUUGUGAUUUGUCUUGAUUUGUGUUGGUUUGAAGUGAAUGGUUGUGUAGAAAAAGUGAAAAGUGUCCAUCACGUUCCUUUGAUUGAAACGCUUAAGUUGCGCAUAAAAUAAUCUUGACGCGUUGUAUUAAAGCCAAGUGUAAGUUGCUGGAGUAAAUUAAAGCAAAAAAGAAAAACAUAAAACACAAGCAAGUGAAAAGCCAUUGCCUAAAAGAAGCGGAUAAAGUGAUAAAGCGACAAAAGAAUAUUCAGCAAAAGAAAUCAUAAUAAAACACAGUAAGAAAACGAUAGCAAAAAAAAACGAAACAAUUACACAACCGAGAAGCGUUCAGCAGCAAAGGCAACCGAAAAGAAAAGGAUUACUUGAAAAUAUUAUUCUUUCAUCAGUCGGAAAGUGUAGCAAAAGCAGCAGCAGCAGCAGCAACGGCAGUGUAGCAGCACCAACGGCAGCAAAGGAUAAUAAAUCUCUUCCCUUUUUUUCGCACUCCUCGAGCGCGAAGCUUGUCGGGUUGGUGGUUUAACGGUUCCUCGGUUACUCGGCCACUUGGCUCAGUAGUGAUUCUUUUCCCAUUCACAUCCUUGCGUUUGGGUGUACCAGUGUGAGUGGGUCCUAAGUGUGUGUGUGUGUGUGAGUGAGAGUGUUUCUUCGUGGUGUUUCGUGGUGUCCAUCCGUGCAAAGGAAAACGCCGUUGCUGGAUCUGAUUUUCGUCGCUUGGGAUUAAAGCAAACACCGCGCAGGCUACCAAGGCCUCUAUAAUGAUUGUAUAAGAAAUAAAAAAUGGUAGCCGAUCUAAGUUGAUAAAAAUGGAUUACAAGGAAAUUAUAUUGCUACUAUGUCUGAUCCUAACGUUGGCCAAGGCAACACACAAAGAUAACCGAGGUGGUUCGAAUGAAACCCUAAGCACUUGGUCACCGUCGGGCGUAGAUUUGGAGGAUGAGGACGACGAGGAGGUACAGAAACGAGCCAAAGCUCAAGGUUGGUCAUCGUGGACGGAAUGGUCAACCUGUUCGCGUUCGUGCGACGGUGGCGUUGCGUACCAGCUGCGCCGGUGUCACGCACCCCACGGCUGCAAAGGAGACGCGGUGCGGUAUAAAAUCUGCAACAUGCAGCCCUGCCCGGAGCAGCAGGAUUUCCGCGCCCACCAAUGCUCGGCGUACGAUGACGUGCCGUACGACGGUGCGCUGCUGAAGUGGACCCCACACUACGACUACUCGGAACCGUGCGCCCUCACCUGCCGGGGCCGACCUCAGCACCUGCUGGAGGAUAUGCCGGAUUCGGCCGGUGCCGGCGACUCCUUUCCCAUCAGUGACGACGAACCGAGCGUCAUCGUGCAGCUCUCCAAUCGAGUGCAGGACGGUACCAGAUGUCGCCCGGGCAGUCUCGACAUGUGCAUCCAGGGAAAGUGUCAGCGCGUUGGAUGCGACCUUAAGAUUGGCUCGACGAAGAAGAUCGAUGUGUGCGGUGUGUGCGGUGGCGAUGGAACGUCCUGUACGCAGCCACUCUACCAGUGGGAAAUUGCACCCAUGUCACUGUGUUCCGUAACCUGUGGAGGUGGUUACAAGAUGGCCAUGCCAACCUGCCGGAACCGCGUGACCGGCGUGGACGUGGAGGAGUCACUCUGCAACGCUUCCUCCCGACCGGAGCCCACCGUCGUCCAGUGCAAUACCCAUCUCUGCCCACCGAAAUGGGUGACGGACGACUGGCGAUCGUGCUCGAAACCGUGCGGCGGUGGCAUCCGCGAACGGGUGGUGGUCUGUGCGGAGGAAAGCAAUGGCGCCAAGAACAAGGUACCGGACGAGGCUUGCCGUGGAGUGAGACCGAAAAAUCAGGAACCCUGCAACGUCCAAGAAUGUCCCAAGUGGGUCGUCGGCGAAUGGAGUGGGUGCUCCGUUUCCUGUGGCAGCGGUAUUCAGGUGCGCAGCGUUGAGUGUAUGGACACGAACGGCCAUUACAGUGCCCAGUGCGAUCCGGGAGCGAAGCCAGUCACGGGGCAACCGUGCACCACGGGCAUCAUCUGUAAUGCGGGUUCGGUUUCGUCGGGACUGAGCGGCGGUGCCAACACUGGUACAACGGUUUCGGGCUCAUCAAAUGCUGGCAUCAUCGCUGUACCGCCCUCGUCAGCAUCCGACUUCGAUGGGCUUACGAUGGGCGUCGAGAGUGAGGCAGAGCGGGCCAGCAUUUCCGCCAUGAUGAAGGAGAAGGCCGCGAUGCAUCACGAGCGCGAUCCGACGCUGAUGACGUACAACGAUCAACCGUACUAUGCACAACCGCUGCGGCAGGAUCGGUUACCGAAGGCGGAGAAAAUUGUUUCCCAGCGGGUGCCCAGUGAAGCCACCUUCAUUCAGGACACCGAAUGGUCACCGUGCAGUGUGACGUGCGGCGAAGGGAUCCGCCGGAAGCCGUUCCGGUGCAAGAUUUUCCUCGAAUUUUCCAAGCGCGUCGCGGUGCUAAACGAUUCGCUCUGUCACGCCUACAAACCGCUGGACGAGGUGGAACGUUGCGUCAUGGAGCCGUGCUCGUACUCGCACAAUUUCGAGGACACCUAUCUCAAAGAUGGAAAUCGGCAGAGUUUGGAAAACAUUAAGGUACACGUGUCCGUCCCGGGCAAGACGUACUCCUGGCGAGAGGAAGGCUACACCAGUUGCAGCGCGUCCUGUCUCGGCGGUGUAGAGGAGUUGAUAAUCAACUGCGUGCGAGAUGACACGAACAAGAUUGUGUCUCCGUUUCUCUGCUCGCCAGAGACGAAACCGGAAGCGCGCAUUCGCACCUGUAACGACAUCCCGUGUCCUCCGCGGUGGAACUAUUCCGAGUUUACACCGUGCUCCAAGUCGUGCGGCUUUGGGAUACAGACGCGCGAGGUGACGUGCAUCCACGAGGUGACAAGGGGAGGAGAAAAUACAAUGAUCGUACCGAACAGUAUGUGCACGACGAAGCCACAACCGGACCGACAGUACUGCAACAUCAUCGACUGUCCCGUCCGGUGGGAAGUGUCCGAGUGGAGCAAAUGUUCAAAAUCUUGUGGCGGAGGUUUCAAGGAGCGACGCGUCGAGUGCAAACAGAUCAUGGCCCAGGAGCACAAGGUAGAGCGACCGGCAUCGAUGUGUCCGAGCAGCAAGCCGCCGGACAAGAAACCCUGCAACACCAAGGCCUGUGCACCGGAAGAUCAGCGACCGCCGAUUGCGGGCACCAACUCUACCUUCAUUCAGCACGACCCCAAGAAGAACAAGAUUACGCUGAAGAUUGGCGGUGCGGCGACCGUCUUCUACGGUACGCAGGUUAAGAUCAAGUGCCCGGUGAAGCGAUUCAAUCGCACCAAGAUCCGCUGGACGAAGGAUCAGCAACCGUUGCUGAAGACGAAGAAGAUCAAAAUGUCUAAGAAGGGUGCACUGCGCAUACUGGACGUAACGUUCCGCGAGGCUGGCAUCUACACGUGCCAUGCUGGGCUGAGCCAUGCGGAUCUGAAGCUGGCCGUUAAGGCGAAACCGGGCGGCGAAAAUCAACCAAACGAAGAUCACGAUCGACACCGGGGAGCGGAUCCGAAUGCACUGCUGGCUAACUCGUACGCAAUGGCCAAUGGGAAUGAGGAAGAGAAGAGUGGGAGGAAAAAUCGAGAUCGCAAUCGGGGGAGAAAUCGACAACGACAACAGCAGGACACGCUUCUAACUGAGCACGGCGAUGGAUCGGACGAUGAGGAACCCCUGCGGUCACACUCGCAAAUGACUGUGUCGGGCAGUACGGUAGCGUCGGACGCGUCGGCCGCGGCCAGUUCCGGCACCCGUACGUUACCGUUGCCCCAUUUCCAGCACCUACUGGCCGGCCUACAGCUUCUUUGGCCAUUUCAGACAUUCAGCAACAGUAAGAACUACGCACAGCAGUAUCUUGCCGAGCGCGGGUACGAUCCGUUCGAUGGGUCGAUCGGUAGAGGGGAUGUCGAGGACGAGGAGUCACCGAGGCCCAUGAACGUGUAUCAGCUGCUGAAAUCGCGCCACACCAGUGAAUCCGUGGACGAGCCAAUGAUCCACGACGGACAGGCAACGGAGGGCUACGAGUUCGAGUGGAUGACAACGCCCUGGUCCGAGUGUUCACAGACAUGCGGUGCCAAUGGGGGAGGGUACAAGCUCCGAUCGGCCCACUGCAUGCUACGGAUGAGCAAUUCCAGCCGCACCGUCGACAACAGCUUCUGCGAGGACGCUGGCCUGCCGGUGCCGGAAACGGUCGACAAAUGUGGCAACAUCGACUGUCCGCGCUGGGUGACAGCGGAUUGGAGCGGCUGUCAGCAGUCCAAGUGCUUCUCGUGGCACACGGCGCUCCAGCGGCGUGACGUGUACUGUCAGUUCGAUGGCGAGCGUAGCGACGAGAAGGUGUGCGAGGACCAGGAGAAGCCCGUCACCAAGCAGGAGUGCUACAACGAACUGUGCAAAGGUGUUUGGCGUGUCGAGCCAUGGUCAGAUUGUAAUGCAGCCUGCGAAGGACAGGGCAUCAAGUACAGGAUACUACAGUGCGUAUGGUACGGCACGAAAAAGCCGGCAGGCAACGCGUGUCGUGAGCUGCCCCGACCAGCGGUCAUGAAAGUUUGCAAAGGACCACCAUGUAUUUCGAAUCUUUCAGAGUGUAAAGACUUGUCGAGGUACUGUAAAAAUGUAAAAAGCAUGGGCCUUUGCAGACUGCACCGUUACCAGCAACAGUGUUGCAAGACUUGUAGGUUUAAUAUUUACCACUAAGGAUCGCAAAGAACGAAAACACCGGAUUGCCAAUCGAUACCGCGCUGGAUGUGGCGUUUGUAUGACGCUUUUGGAAACUUCCGAUGAUGUUCGGUGUAUUUUGUUGGAAAAGCGUCUCCAGCCUCCAAUAGGAUAAGCGCGGCAAAAGGAUGCAGUCCUUGCUGCUCCUUGCCUGUCCACUCUUUCUUUCACCUCCAGAACCACCAGCGCCAAUGGCCCCGGUAUACACAACUGAAACUGAAACAGCAACGAACUUGUGUAUGAUACGGAAUAGCUAUUGACACCUACUACCGAAGACUUAUUUAAAAUAGUCAAUUAUGUGUACUUGACUAUGAGCGUUGCUGAAAUCCAGCCAUCCACACUUAUAGAGACAGCACGGCGCAGUACUUGGAUCAUGGUGCAACUGUUAGAUUAUUGUUGAAGGACUUCAGUGGAGUAAACUGAAAGCUAGCACUGCAACACAAGACACUCUGUUUUCCUCUGAAAGUAGACAAUGUACUUUGGACAGACGAACGAUGUAGCAAGCUGGUAGCAUACACACACCCCAACCACACGACCUACACGACCACAAGAAUGCCAGAGGCGUCUGUUUGUUAACUUCGCAGAACUGUUGGAUUCUAUGUAUAUAGGUAAAGCAAAAGGAGGAAGAAACUAUAGAAAAGCCCUAUAAAUAUAAAUAUAAAUACAUAUAGACGCAAGCAUAGGGAAAAGCAAACCAGACUCCACAAGGCGUAGCACUAGGUUUAGGUAAUAUUUGAUGAGCAAGAGGGAGACCGAGCGAAGAAGUGAACAUAGUAAUAUAUAAAUUAAACAGAUCGACUCUAAACAAACGAAAGUUCAGGUUAGCUCAGCUCAGCUUACCGACUUGAUGAACGAAGGACAGCAGAUAGCAAAUUGCCAGCACGCUGUCGUAACGCUUCUGUAAACGUUCAGUGCUUUUUGAUAGUGGGGAUAGGUAGGUGUGCUGCUGCAAGUAUUAUCGUGUGUUGAAAUAGAAACCAUACCCACUCACACACACACACACAUACACACAUCUAUUUCCACUUUGAAAAUGAGUCAUUUACAGGUAAAAUCACAUUCCUAUUCAUCUCUCACCCAUAACGUCGAUUUCCUUUUCGUGAACUCACUCUCCCAAGUUAAUCAGCCAAAGGAAUGUAUUCUGUCAACAUCUGAACCAAUCCAUCCGCUAUUUCUACACUGUGAGUCCUUCUAGUGAGCCUAACAGAUUUCCAAUAACUUGUUACUUUUGCUUACCCUUGCAGUGGAACGUUUUACCCCAUGUUCAUAACAUCUAUCAUUCAACAUCAAUUGUUCCUUUCCAUACUCCCAUACAAACAACACCUCCAAACUAUGCGCUAUGUAAGUGAAGCGGUAUUUAAGAAACUAUCCAAAUAAAAACCAGUGGGAACAGUAUAAGCGGGACGAACAUUUUUUGGCUGCCAAUGUAGCGGUCCCUGCAAUCCUUGGCCAGUUUGCCACCACACCCUAAUCAACUCACACUAAGAUAAAUCUUUUUUCCUUUCCAACGCUUUCUAAUUAUACUAUUUACUCUCCCCCUUCCAUUUCCUAUUGUUCAUAAGUAAUCAUACUCUUCAAACUCUAACGAAACAAAACGCGUGCCGCGUGCGAAACUCCCGUGCCGGAAAUUUCAUUUCGUUCUAUACACAGGGUCAGACAGAGGAGCGUUAGUAUAAAAAACACGGAAAAGUAAAUGAAGAUCCAAAGUCCAAAGCAAUGCAAUUUUCCAUAGCAAGCGAGACGAGGCAAAAACAAAUUCGGAGCGAAUAGAAAUGACUAUCAUGUUUUAGGAAGCCAAUUUCGGAGCAAUCGUUGGGAGUUGGAAGCAGAGCGGUUAUUGAAUAACAUAAAACACAUGAGUAAGAAAUAAAACAAAAACAUACAACAAGAAAA